AUGGACAUGUUCGACCAGGAGGAGGACAUCGGCCUCAUGUCUCAGGGCCCAGAGGAGCCCUUGUCCUCUGGGGAGCUCACCUACGACGACCUGGUGCGGCUGGAGAUUGCGGAGGAGAGACAGUACCUGCGCGAGCUCGACCUCAUCAUCAAGUUGUUCCGGAACCAUUUCCUUUCCAACCCCAAGAUCUUCGCUCCACAGGACGUGGAGGUGAUCUUUAGUAACAUCCUGGACAUCCACGAGCUCACGGUGAAACUUCUGGGUUUGAUCGAAGACGCGGUGGAGAUGACGGCCGAUGGCAGCCCGCACCCUCUGGUGGGGAGCUGCUUCGAGGACUUGGCUGAGGAGCAGGCAUUUGACCCAUACGAGACGCUCUCCCAGGACAUCCUCAGCAAAGAUUUCCACGAGCACUUCAGCAACCUAAUGUCCCGCUCCACCGUCGGACUCUAUUUCCAGUCGGUGGCAGAGGGAUUCAAAGAGGCCGUUCAGUACGUCCUUCCUCAGCUCAUGAUGGUCCCAGUCUAUCACUGCAUGCACUACUUUGAGCUUCUACAGCAACUCCAGGAGCGCAGUGAGGACGAGGAUGACCGCGAAUGUCUCAAACAGGCCAUCACAGCUCUGAUCAACCUUCAGUGCAGCGUGGACCGGAUCUAUGCCAAGCACCAGCCGCGACGCAAACCCGGCGAGCCCAUGUACCGCCUCUACAGCCGGCAGGUGCGCUCCAAACAGCUCGCCAUCAAGCGCAUGAACGAGAUCCAGAAGAGCAUAGACGGCUGGGAGGGCAAAGACAUUGGCCAGUGCUGCAGUGAGUUCAUCCUGGAGGGCCCGCUGCUGCGCGCAGGCGCCAAACACGAGCGCCACAACUUCCUGUUCGACGGCCUCAUGAUCAGCUGCAAGGCCAACCAGAGCUCACGCCUCCCCGGCUCCGGCAGCGGCGCCGAAUACCGACUCAAGGAGAAGUUUGUGCUCCGCAAAAUUCGCAUUGUGGACCGCGAGGACACGGCAGAGCUCAGGCACGCCUUCGAGCUGGUGGGCAAGGACGAGAACUGCGCCACGUUUUGCGCACGGACGGCGGAGGAGAAGGCCUCGUGGAUGGCAGGGCUAGUGACGUUGCAGUACCGCUCCACGCUGGACCGGAUGCUGGACACAUUUCUGCAGUACGAGGAGCAGGCCCACCCGCUCCGCCUGCCCUCGCCUGAGCUCUACAUGUUUGCGGUGCAGGACAGCGAGGAAAACAUUGUGUUCGAGGACAAGGUGCAGAGCAAGACGGGAAUCCCCAUCAUCAAGGCUGGGACCGUGGUGAAGCUGAUAGAGAGGCUCACGUACCACAUGUACGCAGACCCAAACUUCGUAAGGACAUUUCUGACCACGUAUCGGUCAUUCUGUAAACCACAAGAACUACUCACUCUUCUAAUAGACAGGAUUGAGAUCCCGGAGCCGGAGCCUACGGAGGAAGACCGCCAGGCUCUGUGGAAUGGGGACCAGCCAAUGGCCGCCGAGCUGCAGAGGUUCAGGAAGGAGUAUGUCCAACCGGUUCAGCUCAGAGUCCUGAAUGUUUUCCGACAGUGGGUGGAACAUCAUUUUUACGACUUUGAAAACGAUCCGGAGCUGAGGAGCCGCCUAGAAGAGUACAUCACCAGCAAAAUACAACUCAGAGGUAAAUCCAUGAGGAAGUGGGUGGAGUCCAUAAACAAAAUCAUCCGGCGGAAGCUUCAGACGCAGACAAACGGUGUGAGCCACAACAUCACAUUCGAAAGCCCGCCUCCUCCCAUCGAGUGGCAUCUGUGUCGCACCGGUCAGACGGACGCCUUCGACCUGCUCACUCUGCAUCCCAUCGAGAUCGCCCGCCAGCUCACCCUGCUCGAGUCUGAGCUCUACAGAGCGGUGCGUCCCUCAGAGUUGGUGGGCAGCGUUUGGACCAAAGAAGACAAAGAGAAGAACUCUCCGAACCUUCUGCGAAUGAUCCGCCACACGACCAACCUCACGCUCUGGUUUGAAAAAUGUAUAGUGGAGAUGAUGAACCUGGAGGAGAGAGUUGCCGUCAUGACCCGGAUCAUUGAGAUUCUACAGGUUUUUCAGGAGCUCAAUAAUUUCAAUGGAGUUUUGGAGGUGGUCUGUGCCAUCAACUCUGUCCCUGUGUACCGGCUCGACCACACCUUCGAGGCGAUUCCAGAGCGGAAAAAGAAGGUUCUUGAGGAGGCCGUGGAGCUGAGCCAGGACCAUUUUAAGAAAUAUUUGGCUAAACUGAAGUCAAUAAACCCACCAUGUGUGCCUUUCUUUGGUAUAUAUUUAACCAACAUCUUGAAGACGGAGGAGGGAAACCCAGACUUUCUCAAACGCCACGGGAAAGAGCUCAUAAACUUCAGCAAGAGGCGGAAAGUGGCAGAGAUCACGGGAGAAAUCCAACAGUACCAGAACCAGCCGUACUGCCUCAAGGUGGAGCAGGACAUCAGGAGGUUCUUUGAAAACUUGAAUCCGAUGGGAAACAGAGGAGAGAAGGAGUUUGCAGACUAUCUCUUCAACAUGUCGCUGGAGAUCGAGCCUCGCAACAGCAGGCAGCCCCCCAGAUUUCCGAGAAAGACUGCGUACUCUCUGAAGUCCCCUGGGAUCAGACCGCUCCGCACCUCCACCUCUGGAGGGACCAGAGGGACCGGCCACCCGGUCCCUCUGGAGCGAGAGCCGCCUCACAAGAUCACGUUCCGGAGCAUCGCAGAGACUGAGCAGGAGCCGUCGACCUCUGCCUCGGUCCCCACCAGCCCCAACACGCCCACGCCUCCGCCCUCCGCCUCCUCAGACCUAAGCAGCGUCUUCAUGGAGCCCGACCUCAGCAGCUCGUACGGAGCAGGCAGUAACUCUAUAUUCGCUCCGGUUCUCCUGCCUCCCUCCAAGUUCCAGUCGGUGUCGUGUGGCAGUCUGCAUCAGCUCGGAGAGGAGCCGCUGAAGCCUCCUCCUCUGCCCCCGAGAAGGAAGGACACGCUGUCGGAGUCAAAGAUGGGUUCAUGCUCCGACAACCCCCCGGCCAUCCCUCCCCGGCUCCCCCCUCCCUUACCUCGUUCUCAGCCUCGCACUCCUUACAAUGGUCCCCUCCCCAUCGACGGCCCCUUACCCAGCCCCCCUCCUCCCCCACCGCGGGAUCCCAUGCCCGACACCCCCCCACCAGUGCCUCAGCGCCCACCGGAGAUCUUCAUCAACUACCCUCUCAACCUGCAGCCUUCUCCGGUCGGACGCUACCACUGGGACUUCAGCAGCUCCCCCAGCUCCCCCAACACGCCACCCAGCACGCCGUCUCCCCGGGUUCCUCGCCGGACCUGCCCGCUCAGCGCCAGCCAGAACAGUCUGUGCCCCCUGCCCCCGGCCGUGAUGGCUCCGCCCGUGCCCCCCCGACACAACUCCAGUCCCCAGCUGCCCAAACUCCCACCAAAGACCUACAAGCGCGAGCUGCUCCCGCCGCCGCUGCAGGGCCUGUCUCUGCUGGAAAAUGCGGAGAGCGGGCAGUAG